AUGUCAAAUAAUCAGUUAGAAAAGAAAUUAAUCGUUUAUUCUACAAUGUUUGCAUUUGUUCAACGUAUUCUUGACUGGGUAAAAAGUUUAUUUUGGAAAGAGGAAAUGGAAUUAACAUUGGUUGGAUUACAAAAUUCUGGUAAAACUACAUUUGUGAAUUUAAUUGCGUCUGGUCAAUAUUCUGAAGAUAUGAUACCAACAGUUGGGUUUAAUAUGAGAAAAAUCACAAAAGGCAAUGUAACAAUUAAAAUUUGGGACAUCGGUGGUCAACCACGCUUUCGUUCAAUGUGGGAACGUUAUUGUCGUGGUGUUAAUGCAAUUGUAUUUAUGGUUGAUUCAGCUGAUCAUGAAAAAUUAGAACCAUCGGCACAAGAAUUUCGUAAUUUACUUGAAAAGCCUCAACUACAAGGUAUUCCAGUACUUGUACUUGGAAAUAAACGUGAUUUACCAAAUGCAUUAGAAGUACAAGAUCUUAUUCAAAGACUUGGUUUAUCACCGAUCAAAGAUCGUGAAAUAUGUUGUUAUUCUAUAUCAUGCAAAGAAAAGGAAAAUAUAGAGUUGGAUUUCAUGAGUAAUCAAAAUCAAAAUGCUACUAAAAAAUCGUCUUCUGCUGAUGAUGAGCAGAAGAAAACUGAAAAAUCAUCAUCAUCAAAGCAUCUUCAAGAUGAUCAACAACAACAAAAGGAUAAAAAAUUAGAUUUAACAAGUUUAGAAGAAGAUGAUGAAUUUGAAGAAUUUCCAGUUGAGGAAUGGACACAAGAUGAUUUGGAUGAUGAAGAUACACGUUUGUGGGAAGAGCAUUGGGACGAUAAUGUUAAUGAAGAUGAUUUUUUUCAACAAUUAAAACAGGAAUUAGAAAAAAAAGGUUCAACAAAACCGACUACAACAGCAACGACUGCUGCUACAACAGCGAAAUAG